ACCCCAGCCUUCGGAUGUCGCCCCACAACCGGCUUCGUGCACGGUAGUAAAGUUUUGAGGUCACCGCAACAUCUCGAAACCCACCAGGCCUAGAGGCCAACUCUUCGUCUUCAAAGUCGAAGAGAGGGAAAGGCGUGCUGUGCAUGUAGCUUGGCAUUACGGUUCGCUCUCUCCUCCCCAGCCGUCAGAGAGCAGGCGGGAGUGGUCCCCUGACCGAGCCCGCGGCCCGCACACCCCACGCCUGCCCCUAUUUGCUGUGCGCUCCGCGCUGCGACGUCCGGGCUCGGAAACCACCGGCUACCGGGGAAAUCCUCCCGCCCGCGCCCCUCUGCGGCUUGCGGCGCCCGCCCGCACCGCCACCAGCCGCCCGAGGCGACGCCGCCUGCCCCUCCCGGCCUCCAUCCCCCGCGGGUGGCAGGUUCAGGCCCCGGGUCCGGGCCUGCGCCUCUGCAGCUGCCGCAGCCGCCGUCGCCACCAGGGGGAGAGAAUCCCAGUCGGGAAAGGUGGUGUUGUUUCCUUGGUGUUAGGGUGCUUUCAAACUUUAGGUUUCUGUUCUUUUCCCCCCGUUUUCGAAGAGCAGGGAAGAAGAUGGAAACCGAGUGCGGGGCGCAAACAUCAAAUCAGACGCAAACAGAUUCCUUAUCUCCAUCCCCUAAUCCUGUGUCACCUGUGCCUUUGAAUAACCCAACAAGUGCCCCAAGAUAUGGAACAGUGAUCCCUAAUCGCAUCUUUGUAGGAGGAAUUGACUUUAAGACAAAUGAAAAUGAUUUAAGAAAAUUCUUUUCCCAGUAUGGGUCUGUAAAAGAAGUGAAGAUCGUAAAUGACAGAGCUGGAGUGUCUAAAGGGUAUGGUUUCGUCACUUUUGAAACACAAGAAGAUGCACAAAAAAUUUUACAAGAGGCUGAGAAACUUAAUUAUAAGGAUAAGAAACUGAACAUUGGUCCAGCAAUAAGAAAACAACAAGUAGGGAUCCCUCGUUCUAGUAUAAUGCCAGCAGCUGGAACAAUGUAUUUAACAACUUCAACUGGAUACCCUUAUACUUACCAUAAUGGUGUUGCUUAUUUUCAUACUCCAGAGGUAACUUCUGUCCCACCACCGUGGCCUUCACGUUCUAUAUCUAGCUCCCCUGUGAUGGUAGCUCAGCCUGUUUAUCAACAACCUGCAUAUCACUACCAGGGCCCUGCACAGUGUCUACCAGGACAGUGGCAGUGGGGUGUUCCUCAGUCUCCUGCCUCUUCUGCACCAUUCUUAUACCUGCAACCUUCUGAAGUUAUUUAUCAACCAGUGGAAAUUGCACAAGAUGGUGGAUGUGUUCCUCCUCCACUGUCUCUGAUGGAAGCUUCAGUUCCAGAGCCUUAUUCUGAUCAUGGAGUUCAAGCAACAUAUCACCAGGUUUAUGCUCCAAGUGCUAUUGCUAUGCCUGCACCUGUGAUGCAGCCUGAGCCAAUUAAAACAGUGUGGAGCAUUCAUUAUUAAGACACUUGGGCAGCUCUAGUCCAACUCAACAGAUUUCUUGUCCAAUGAUCCUUGUGUGGCCGAGAUCCAGCUUCAACGAACCGGCUAGAAGCUGCCCGUUGUGAAACUUAGGGUUAGUUAAUACCUCACCAUACUUAUUUAUUCCACUAUAAGCUGUCUAAAUUUGAUGAAAUUUGCUUUUUCAACUGUUCUACAAAAUUAUUUAGGUAGAUAUGACAUGUUGGGAUUUUUAUGUGUUUUAUCUAACUGUAGUAACCUUUUCUACAUGUUUUAUCCAUUCUAUAAAUAAUAACCACAUUGGGAAUAGUGAGGUGUCUUUCAUUUUCUCUGCUGUGUUAUUUUUUUUCUCCUCAGACUAUUAGAUGUUAUGUCUCAUAUUCUUUGAUAUUUAUUUAUUUAGGACAAGAUCAUUUCCAAUUCUAAAAGAAUUUUUAAUCCUUUCAUACAUUUUAGAAGAUAGUAUAUUAUUUAAUUUUAAUAUUUCAUUGUAUUACUUUGCUAUUUUGUCAUUUAAUAUGCUUUUGUAUAAUUUUUUAUUUUUUACUGCUAUUCCUUAUUUAAUUUUGUUUCUGCCAUGGUUUUCAGAAUUUGAAAGUAUUUAUACUCCCUUUUUUAUACCAUUUUACAAAUACUAGAAAUACCACCAAUAUGAUCAGUAUGCGAUUAAUUUGACUUGUGUUACAUUUUUCUCUAAUGUUUGAGAUAAUACUGCAAUCUUCCUAUGACAUAAUUCAUUUGUAACCAAAUUUUAUAAAAUAUGAAUCCACCUAAGGGAUUUUAUAAAAGAAACGUUCACCUUUGACAUGAUCCCAUGACACUGACAGAUAUUCCACUGUAUUAGUGUCCUUUGAAUGUUUUAAUCUUUAAACCUUUUCUUAUAUGCUAGCAACAUAAGCAAUUAUAUGUAUGAUUAAUUUUUUAAAAGAAAAUUGCUCUCAUAAAAUGCAAAACUAUUAUACCAAAAGAAAACUUUAGAUUCUGAUUCUAAAACCAAUUUUUAUUAUAAAAUUUGGAAAUGGUGGAGGGGACACUGGUUUAAAAGAUACAGAACAAAUCAUAAAGGUUUUUAAGCUCUCAAAUUUCUGUAGUACAAGAACUAUUCCUCUUUACACUCAUUUGCAGUUCUUUCACUGACUUCCUAAUUUUCAAACAGGAGGAGAAGCCAUAAAAAUUGGCAUUACCACAAUAAACCUAUCCUUUCCUUUUCCUAUUCCAACUCUAAAUGUAUUCUAUGCUGUGCAGCAGUAAAAGUAAAAAGAUAUAGAUCCCAAAGUUUUUCCUGGCGAUUCAAAUAGGAUGUUUUCUCUUGAAACCAUAAUGAAUAAAUUUGCCAAAUGGUUUCAUGAGAACAAGAGGACCCUAGGAGUUUAUACUAGCAUACAAGGAUUUCAUAUAUGUUAAUUAUUCUCAGUUUUAGAAAUGUAAAUAGACCAAGUCCCACAAUGAAAUUUCAAAAUUUUUUUGUUCUGUAACUAAAAAAUUAUUAACCAACUGAUGUUAGAAAUCUUCUUUUAAUAGCACUAUCCUUGAGAACUGAAGAGUUAAUGGUUUGGUUUUCAAAAUGUUAAACAAGAUGCUAAACAGAUCCUGGACUGUUAAUAAAAAUUAACGAUGUAUUAUUGGAUAAGGAAUUUU